AUGCCUGGUUUAAGUUUUGAUAAUUAUCAAAGGAAUCACUUUUUAACCACCAAGGGUUUUGGUGCGCCAACCGCUACUUCGACUGGUACCACGAUUGUCGGAUGUAAGUUUAAGGGAGGAGUUGUUAUUGCAGCAGAUACUAGGGCUACCGCUGGUAGCAUUGUGGCGGAUAAGAAUUGUGAAAAAUUACAUAGAUUGGCCCCAAGAAUUUGGUGUGCUGGUGCUGGUACUGCUGCGGACACCGAGAUGGUGACCCAAUUGAUAGCGUCCAACUUGGAAUUGCAUUCUUUGUCACAGAACCGUAAACCAAGAGUAAUCACAGCAUUGACGUUAUUGAAGCAGCAUUUAUUUAAGUAUCAAGGUCACUUGGGAGCGUAUCUUAUUGUUGCGGGUGUUGAUCCAACCGGAGCUCACUUGUUAUCUGUACAAGCACAUGGUUCUACAGACAUUGGACAAUAUCAAUCAUUAGGAUCUGGAUCCUUGGCGGCAAUGGCAGUGUUAGAAACCCACUGGAGACCAGACAUGUCUAGAGAAGAGGCCAUGAAGUUGGUCGCCGACGCCAUCGAGCUGGGUAUCUGGAACGAUUUGGGUUCUGGUUCUAACGUUGACUUGUGUGUUAUGGAAAUCGGGAAGGAUGCUGAAUUGUACAGGAACUACUUGACUCCAAAUGUGAGAUCUGAAAAGACCAGAUCGUAUAAGUUCCAAAGAGGUACGACUGCGGUCUUGAGAGAAAGCGUGCGUGAAUUGGUCGAUGUUGAAGAAACGGUUAUACCUUUUAAUUCUGGCACCGCUGAUGCCAUGGAAGUUGAUGCCUAG